AUGACAAAAACUGAAACAAUGAAUAAAAGAUUAAAAAUAUUACUUGUUAAUUUUGCUUAUUCUGGAUUACUUAAUAUUGUAACAAGAUACAUUAGUAUUGCAUGGUAUUUAGCUGAUUCUAAAUGGUUUUCUAUAAAUGGAGUAUGUUAUCAAAUUAUUUUUAGACUACAUGAUUUAUGUGUUAUUAUGCUUGUCGUUAAUCCUGUCGUAAUUGCAAUUGAAAGAACCAUUGCAACAAUUUUCCCAAAGAAUUAUGAAGAUUUUGAAUGUAAAAUUUGUAAUUAUAUAUUAAGAAUUCUCUCAUGGAUACUUUCUAUAUUAUUAAUAUGUACAUUGUAUUUUAUUAUUUCAGAUGAUUCAACUAUAUUUUUUAUUGUGUUAAUGAUAUUAUUAAAUAUAUUAACAUUUAUUACAUUUAGCAUAUUAUUUUAUAUAAAUAAAAAAAGAUUUUUAAAUGUUGGAAAGGAUAUACAAAAUUCCUUGUCCCAUAAAUAUCAGAUUGCUGAAAAUAUCCGUACAUCAAAAAUGUUAGCAAUAUUUAUUGCACAAAUUACAAUUGUUCAGAUAAUCUUACAAUCCAUGUUAUCUGUUAUUUAUUUUUAUUUUGUUCCGAAGCAAAUGUUUUAUGAAUAUGAAAUUUAUUCAAACAUCUUUGACAUUAUAAAUGCAAUUUUUUUAACAACAUUUCCUCUUCCUAUUCUGCUUUCACACAAAGAAACAAAAAAAUUAUUUUGUAUAAUAUUUAAUAAAAAAAAUUCAAAAGUUGGUACAACUGAACCAAAAAAUGUAUUUGGAAAAGAUCUCAUAAUACAUAACACAAAUUGUGAUAAUAUUGAAAUGUUACAUGAGUUAUGGAAAUGA